ACGGGCGCUUUUUUUAUCUGCACUUCCACACCCACCGCCAAAUUACGGUGUACCGUCUCCUCACCAUGAUGCACAUGAUGCACGAGUCCGUUGGGUCGCAACUUUGCUCUUGUUCCAAGAUCCAAACUCAACGUGCGCGCCUUGGAGCUUCGAAGCAGGAACCUCAACAUAUGGCAGUGUAGAGUUGAAGCUAAGGAUGCUCGAGUCCAUUCAACACACAGGACAGAAAAUUUCGCAUCAUUCUCUAUGAACGACAGCAUCGACAUUCAUCCAGGGAGAUAGAUGAUCUUUUGCGACUCAAUAGUACAGGUCAUCGAGCGGCUUGUACAGCUUGAAACUCGUGUUCGACGUUGCGAGCAAGCCUGCUGAGGUUCAACGUUCAAUGGGUUCUCAGAGCGCGUUGUAGCUACUGGUCACACCUUACCAUCAGAACACCAUCGUUUGCUGUAGGGCCAAAACAUAGAUUCGGAUGUUUAUUUCUACUAAUAGUCGAGGUCUCCUCAUCAACAAUUCGCACGGGGCGGGAAGGGCAUAUUACAGCAACCAUGUACCUGACGGCUCACACUUUCAAGAUCGCAGCUGUCGUCGACUUCGCAUAUCAGUGGAAACGGAAACUCAAGUCCUAGAAUUCUGACCUCAACACUAAUCUGACCAAAGCCCGUUCGCAGUCGAUAACUGGUGGCCUAUAAAAACCGACCUUUCUUUAGGCCCUUCCCCAUCAUUUCUUCUUAAACCUCAUCAAGCCUUCGUCUAAACCCCCGAUUGUAAUACUCCUUCAUGGCACCUACCGAGAUCCCAGAGCAUGCUUGGCUCAAAUCCGAAAAAGAAUGCCUCGUUAAGGGUGUCGACGACUCUGCCGCCUCGCAGAUCUGGUUCAAAAGCAAGCCCCUCGAACGCAACUUCUGCUACCGUGUCACGCAGUUACAGCUUUGUACCGACUCCCAAGACCAGGGCUGGGUCGAUAAACGAGCAUCCGGCAAUUGGACUUGGUUUGAGCUCGUCAUCUUGCCCGGCGAGAACGCGACUCAACCCAGGGUCAACAAAGAAGGGAAGGAGUUGGCUUGGCGUAGUCACAAUAACAAGCUAGGAGACUUGGCUGGCUUUACCAGGCAUUUUGGUGUGGUGUUCGAUCGUCGUUCACAAUUGCUGGCAAACUUGGAGGUUGGCGAUGUGUUGGCGGUUCGAGUCUGUGCUCGAUUCUCUGGCUGGGAAAACAAGGCAAAGAGUGGGUAUAUUGUUGCCAGAGUCCUCAACGAAGACCUGUUCACGCCUCAUUUCUGGACUUUGACGUCUGACGUUGUUCCGACGCUCGCCCCUCACAUCGUUGACGGUUCUUACAGCUUUGUUUCUACGAGCAGCUGUGUCGUCAAAGCUGUGAAUAAUGAGUUGCAAUCGAAGAUAUGGUUCACCACUCCGGCUUUGGAUCAAGAUUACAUCAACAGGCUGGAGGCGGUUCAACUCAUUACCAAGUCGCGUUACCAGCUUGACCGGACAUUAGAGGUCAAGAAGGGCGACUCUUUCAGUUGGUUUGACAUCGUUAUCCUCAAGAAGCCCACCGACACCGUCCCAAAGACUGAAACGGGUGUCAGCUUAGUUUGGCUUAGCCACAGUAACGGGUCGAAAUUCAUCGAUGAGUAUGGUCAUCAAGGCCAGCUUUUUGACGAGGAGGAUAAAGAGCAGCUGAGGGCUAGAGAAAUUAUCCAGAUCAAGGGCUCCCUUGAGCCUGGAGAUGUAAUCGGCGUUCGUGUAUGUGCUCAAUUCCCUGGCUGGGAGAACUACGCAGAGUUUGGCCAACUAGUCGUCCGCCUCUCCCAUUCUGAUUCAAAGCCUAAACCUGUCCACGUUCCCGAUGUCGCUAAAGCUGACCACGCCUACCGAGAAGUCCAGGACGCAAUCAAUCGGUUCUAUAGAGAGGUUUCUCCCAACGACGAACCAGUGUACCGUUCUGCAACGGUCUCACUGCUCUCUGCCGAAGCUCGAGCUGACCAGCUGAUCACCGAUGAUCCACCACCACCUUAUGAGAAGCGACCACUCCGGCUUUUAUCUCUCGAUGGCGGAGGUGUUCGUGGGGUUUCUUCCCUCCGCAUCUUGAAGAGGAUUAUGGAGAAGGUUGCCGAGAUCGAAAACAAACCAGAUAUCCAACCAUGGCAGUAUUUUGAUAUGAUGGCUGGCACUAGCACCGGAGGUCUGAUUGCCCUAAUGUUGGGGCGACUCCAUAUGACCGUCGAAGAAUGCGAGGCCGCCUAUAACGAGAUAACAAAACGGGUAUUCGAACACAAGUCGGGGUAUAUCAUUAGACACGAGGGCACUGCUUUUAUUUCUGGUUCCUAUCUGUAUGAAGCGAAACCUCUUGAAGACGCCAUCCGGGAGUAUGUAGCCAAGAAACUCGGAGAUCCUGAAGCUCAGUUGACUGAAACCUCUGGGGACCCGGAAUGUAAAGUGCUCGUGAUGGCUGCAUUGGCCAGUAAGGUGGAAGACGGAAACACCGCCGUUCAUCUGCGCAGCUACGAUGUCGGUCCAAGUGUUCCUUCCGAAUACACUGGCUGGCCUAUUUGGAAAGCCGCUCGAGCGACCUCUGCUGCACCCGUCUUCUUUAAAAGUUUUGAGAAUAACGGGAAGGUGUUUGUUGAUGGUGGACUUGGGUGGAACAAUCCGGUUCUUGAACUCAUCGCCGACAUACCCGCCGUCUUUGGGAAAGACCGCACCAUCGGUUGUCUCCUCAGUCUAGGGACUGGUAUACCACCCGAAAUGCAAUUUGGAACAGGAUUAUCGUCUGUCAAGGACUUUGUUAGUAUCGCUACCAAUAGUGAACGUGCACAUCUCCAAGUUAUGAAGUUUUCCUCGAUUCUUCCGCGGAGUGGGGAUGAGAAGUACUGGCGAUUCAACUUGAGCAAGCAGCUGUCAGACAAGGAUUGGGUUGGGAAAACGGUGAAGGGAUGGUUUGGUUCGACAAAGGACGAGAAGUUGACGUAUGAGGACAUUAUGGUGAAGAUGGACGAUUGGGAAGGGAUUGAGAUGAUUCGAACUUUGACCGACGAAUGGUUGAAACGGGAGACGAAGGGGUUAACUGAUUGUGCACAGAGGUUGAGCAUGGGGGGAGAAAAAAAUUAGGGACAUUCACUAGUAGAGUGUCGUAUCCCUCUCUCCCCCUAGUAGAGAUUUGCAAUUCGAAUUCAUUGUCAAUAACCC